AUGGCACAUGGCCAGACAACAUCUCACUGUGAGCAUGCACAAAAGGGCAAGGGAAGGAAGGACAGCCCGAGGGGCGCGGCGAGCCGGCCCUGGCAGCGCCUCUCCCGGAUCCUGAAGCAGGAGGGCCCUCAGGAGGAGGAGGAGGAGACCAAGGCUGGACUUGAACUCUUGCUGCCAAACGAGAGAAGCUUUCAGAAUGCUGCUCAGAGCAAUACUCUGGACCUCAUGGAGAAGCUUUACGAAAAGAAGGUUAAUAUUAAUGCUGCCAACAAUAUGAACUGCACAGCGCUGCACUUUGCGGUGGGGAGGAAUCAUUUCUCUGCAGUGAACUUCUUGCUUAAUCACAAAGCCAGGGUAGAUGUUGCUGAUAAGCACGGCUUGAUGGUAGCCCACCUGGCCGCCUGGUCUGGAAGCCUGGAGAUCAUGCGCUUGCUCGUGAAGGCUGGUGUGGACCAGAGAGCCAAGAAUCAGGAUGGCAUGAGCCUGCACUUUGCAGCCCAGAGUAAUAAUAGCGUGCACAUCGUCGAGUACCUCAUUCAAGACCUGCAGGACCUGGACCAGCCCGAUGAGAAAGGAAGGAAGCCAUUUCUUUUGGCAGCUGAGAAGGGCCAGGUGGAAAUGAUUGAAACGCUUCUCUCCCUUCCGCACACCUCAGAAAAGGACAAGGAAGGAAAUACUGCCCUGCACCUCGCUGCAAAAUACGGCCACAGUCCUGCACUACAGCUGUUGCUAACGCAGUGGCAAGAAAUAAAUGAGGUCAAUGAGCUCAAUAUCACUGCUUUGUAGGUAGCAGCCCAGAAUGGCCACAGACCUCUUGUCAGUCUCCUGCUCCAGGAGAAGGUGGAUUUGCACCAGAAAGUGGAAAGGCAGCAAACCCCUUUGCAUGUCGCUGCUGAUCUUGGAAAUGUGGAAUUGGUGGAGACCCUCCUGAAGGCAGGCUGUGACCUGAAGAUCCUGGGUAAGCAAGGGAGGACUGCCCUAGUGGCGGCCUCCAGGAGCAACCACAGUCUGGUCGUGGACAUGAUCAUUAAAGCAGAUAGAUACUACGCCUGGAAAGAGGUAAGGAGCCAUCAGGAGGCAGUGGAGGACUUCUCAGUCGGCUGUACUCUGACAUUCAAACAAGACCACAGCCUGGAGACCAGACACAUCCGCACUUGCCUCUGGACCCUGGCUUACCAUCAGCUCAAGGCCAAUGAGUGGCAGAGGCUGGCCCUUUGGUGGGGCUUCACAGACGGGCGGAUCCGGGCCAUCGAGGAGCAGUGGUCAGGAAAGGAGAGCUUCCGCGAACAGGGCCACCUCAUCUGGCUGCACGGCAUCCGGCUGACACAGGCCACCGCCAGGCACCUGCACGAGGAGCUGGGGCGCGCAGGCUUCCCGGAGCUAGCGGAAAAGAUCCGUCAAUUCAAAAGUGAAACAGACUCAAGUUUCAAGAAAUGUGCAGUUUCGUAA